GUUGGGCGUUGUCACUCCUGGUCAGGCACUGCGGAAUCCAGGCAGGUGGUUCUGGGCAUGCCGCCCCACCUGCCGUUGCUAUCACAAGCACUUGGGGGAUGUCUCGUCAUCCAUUUCCCUCCUGAACCUUCGCUUCCAAUCAUUCCAACCAUCUCCCUACGGCCUACCAAGGUUUUAGACUGUUUACACGAAUGAUUAGACGCGACGCGGCCUGACUCUACGAGCAGUGCCACCAAACCCGCUUCUUCGAAACCGAUCUCCGUGAAACUCGAUAUUCGAAUUACCUUCCUAUUGAACAACGCGUGACAACCCUACGAUGCGUCCUCCGCGGAUCGCCAUCCUCGUCCUCUUCUUCGCCGCGUCCCUCUUCCUUGUCUGUCGGUCCAUUAGCUCAAUCCGCCGCCCUAGCAUCGUAACAAAUUCAUCGCCACCUCAAAAGUCGUCGUUCCGAGCACUCUUCUCGUUCACCGCGCCAUUCUCUCUCUUCCCACCAACUGCCACGAUAUCCCUCACCGAUGAUAACAGCACCAAUUUUGCGGCCCGGCCCGCUGCUUUUGGGCCUCCGCUGGGUAUCAACGGGCUGAAGGGGCAGCUGUGGAUAGGGAGCGGUUUCUCCGACGAAACGCUACAAGAGGGCGAAGGGGAGGGCGAGCUUGGCUGCAGCGAUAUUCCGGGAUGGGAAGAUGGAAGGACGAAGCUUGCCAUAAAAGCCAUCGUGCGGGGCUCGUCUAGCACCAAGCCUCACCCCCUUGCUCACGCUGUGAAAAACCUCAAGAUGAACGACCUGGGAAAAGACCCCGCUGUUGGAGAUGCGGUACAAAAGAAGCGACCCCAUUCCCAAACGAAGCCCACAAAUGAUGGGACAGACGACUACCUCCACCAACCUCUUCAGCAGACAAGAAGCCCUUAUGGCAAGGAACCGACUACGUCGGGAUCGAGUCACGCCGACAUCCAGUCGAUGCAGGAAACCGCAGAGAUCACUGGCAAAGUUGCGCUGCUGAGCCGAGGCGGUUGUGGCUUCCUCGAGAAGGUCAAAUGGGCUCAGCGUCGGGGUGCCAUCGCCCUCAUCGUCGGGGAUAAUCAAAAGGGGGGGCCUUUGAUUCAGAUGUUCGCCCGGGGCGAUGUGGAUAACGUUACGAUCCCCUCGGUUUUCACCUCACGGACAACCGCGCAUUUGCUCUCAUCCCUCAUGCAAUCUGGGAGUUUCGACAAUGAUGUUCUGAGCGAGAAGAUGAGCCCGUUGGGAAAGGCACAGCAUUCUACCAACACCGAGAGGAAUAACGACGUGAAGAAAGCGCCGUUAUCUGCGAGAUAUGUUUCCAGAGCUUCGGCUGCGACAGUAUCUGCUGGAAAAAACACCAUGCCGAAGCCCGAUAAGCCGAUUGUGGCAAAGAGAGGCUGGCUUUCCAGGCUAUUUCAUUGGGGAGGGGGCGAGGGCACCUCUGUUGAGACGAGUCGGCCACCAACAAGCGGUCGCCUUGACUGGGUUCUUGUUGAUGACUGGGAUGAUGAGCCCGACAAGCUCAUCAAGACCAGCCCAGACAAGGCAGGGAAGGCCGAUGCCAAUGGCCCUUCCACGUCAUCUGGUGAUGGUUUCCAAAUCGGAGUCCAUGACUGGCGUGACCCUGACCUCGCUGGAUCUACCGCAGAGAGCAACGAGGCGUUCAACGCCCAAGGUUCGACAAAUGGCAAUGGCCGGUCGAGCAAUUCUGAGACUUCCACUGAGCAGGUUGACAAGCCUGACGACAACCCAUCUGCGGAAGCCAACGGGCCCAGAGGCGGAAGUAUCACUCCAGGCAGCGGGGAGUACGUGCCCGGAACUGUGGGAAACUCGGCUACUCCUGGGUCCGGAAAGUCACAGUCGUCCUCUAACCCGCGGGGUGGACUCCUGUCGAAGAUUUUCGGCGGUGACGACAACGCAGAGGGCACAGAAGUCGAUACACCAGACAUGGUUCGGGAUUCUUCAGCCACGAUGUCGCCUCCCGAUAUUCUGCCCCCUGCUGGCCACGUUGCUCGCGAAGGGCUUUGGGUCACCAUUUUACCCUCGGGCAAUACCAGCCCCUUCUUCGAUACUCUCCUAGUCCUAGUAGUCAGCCCUUUGAUAACACUAACGGUGGUAUAUGCUUUACUCAUAUUACGGGUAAAGAUCCGGAUGCGGAGGUGGAGAGCCCCAAAGUCUGUGGUAGAUCGACUCCCGGUGCGAACGUACCAGACAGUCGCCCCUUCGCCGGCCCCAUCACCAAGGGUACCCUCGCCUACAAGCUCAUCACCCACGACGCCGUUACUACAGGGUCCUUCUGGGUCACGACCACGACCUCGCGCUACCCCGAGUGGUCUCGAUUCGGAAGACCUCCUUGCCGCGGAUAGCUCUACGCAGUCCUCACGGCUCCCGUCUCACGAGAAGAACUCACGUGGCAUAUCCAGCGAAUGGAAAAAGCACAUGGGCAGACAGGUGGAGUGCGUUGUCUGUUUGGAGGAAUAUGUCGACGGCGUGAGCAAGGUCAUGAGUCUCCCCUGCGGACAUGAAUUUCACGCCGAGUGCAUAACACCGUGGCUCACCACCAGACGCCGCACAUGUCCGAUUUGCAAAAACGACGUUGUUCGAUCACUUGCUCGUGGUACCUCGUCCGGGCCACAGUACGAGCCGUUUCAUGAGGACGGCUACGAGAGCCCCGAGGAGUCCUCCGACAUGUUCCAGGAGAGGAUCCCUUCUCCAAACCAACUUGAGGAUCUCGAGCGAGGACCUUCGUUUACCCAAUCAGUGAGACAGGAUUGGCGCGGACACCGCCACGAUGUCUGGUACAGCACCUUGGCAAGCCGUUUCGGGGGGAGCUCGUCCUUCUCAACAAGACGGGAAGGUUCCGGGGAAGACCGCGGUCGAUGACCGGCGCCCCAGUUGUGAACUUGAUCAAACUCCACUUCAGAGAAUUUACCGAUUAUUGGUUGGCAUCAUGGCGGUUUUUUGUUUUGCAUUUCAUGGGGGAGAGGGAAGAUUGGCGCUUCAGGCAUACAGCAAUGGGACGGGGUGCUAGGGGCACUGGGAUUGACACUCGCUUUUACUUAUGCAUAUUGUGAUACCUCUUUCCUACGGUUUUUUUAGUCAACUCGGGAGAUCAGGCCCGAUUAACCUAUAUUGGAGCAGGAUGCGUCGGAUUAGGAUGACAGAUGGUAAUGGAUGGGGAAUUUGGCUAUGGUGAACCCCAUCGUAUAUGAAGUCAGAUCAGAUGUUGCAGGAGCUAGAAAUAUUUUAGAACAUAUUCCACUCGUCCGUCC